UUGUAAGUGGUUAAAUUUCUGGCCAUUUUUCAUACAGCGCCAUCCUCGGAUGAUAUUGUUGGUUUAACUUUUACUUAGUACAUCUGUUUCUGCAUGUUAGCAACUACACUGUAGUGGGCGUAAAUACAAUGUACAUGCAAGUCAAGGAUAUAUGUUAAAUAGUUGCAAGCAUGUUGCAGGGACUAUAGUAAUGUGAAUUAUACAGUUGUCAGGGGUUUGGCCUGACCUGAACAAACAAUAUUGUGGUCACCAUGCAUGGUCAUAACCUUAACCGGAUUCAGGACAGCCACAUUGGCGAGAAGUUAAAUCAUGGGGUCCGCACCAUCGCACUCGGAGCCAGUGGAAAUCACACAGAUAACUGUAAAAGAUAGAGCGACGACUCCAUCCUCCAGCUUCCAAGAACAGAUCCGGGAAGAGCUGACCUGCAGUAUCUGCUUGGACCUGUUCAUCCGUCCGAAAGCGCUUCCCUGUCAGCACACCUUCUGUCAGGACUGUCAACGGGACCAUGCUGAGGUCAGAGUGCCUUUCCAGUGCCCAAACUGUCGUCUCGAGGUCAGUUUGCCACCCGAUGGGGUCGCGGGUUUCCCUGACAACCACUUGGUUACAAGUUUGUGCGAGAAACUCCAGCACACAGAGAGUACAGAACAACCCAAGUCUGAGAAAAGGUGCGGCAUUCAUAUCUCAAACACUCUAAAACUUUACUGCACACAAUGUCAGAAGCCGGUUUGUGAACUGUGUCUAGAGGAGACGCAUAACAACCACCGUACAACAACAGUUAACCAAGCUGCUCAGGAAAAGAGGUCUACAGUCCAGGCCUUGAUCACAGAGGGAAGGCACAUUCUGGAAAGCUACUGCAGCUUCAUCAGAAGUCUGAGGGAAAAAGAGAAAACCCUGAAUGAACAGAAACAGCAGACAGACAAGAGCAUCCACCAAGCCUACAACCAGAUGCUGCAGAAACUCAUCGAGAGGAGAGAACAGCUCUUGUCUGAAUCUGAACAAAAUAGCCGAAAAAAUUUAGCCACGAUGCAAAGUGGUAGAGAAAUAGUGCUGACAGACUUCAACGAACUGUCCGCUGCCUGCGAUCAAGCGGAGAAAGAAAUGGAGCAGGGAGGGGUUGAGUUUCUUGGUCAGGAGUCCAUUCUGACGAAGGCAAUAGAAAAGUACAGACGAAAAGCAGCACCAACUCCAGUGCGCACCCACCCUGCUGUCUUUGAGCCAAUGUACACUGCGGACACCGCCGUACCGGUGUUAGGACAUGUGAGGGUCCAGUCUCUCCCAUCUGCACCAAUCCAAGCAGCACCUGCACCAAUCCCAGCAGCAUUUUCAUCAUCUAGUAAUGAAGCAGCAAAGGGCAGAGGUCAUCACCGUAGAAACCACAGACAAUCAGUCCUGUCUCUCCCAUCUACUGCAUCACUAGAAGUGCCUAAUAGAAGUAUUGACCGAAGACAUUCAGACCCACUUUUUCAGUCUUCUCCAAUCCUUGAGGAGCCUGCCACUGCUGAUGAGGCAGCUUUGGGCAGAGGUCAUCACCAUAGAAACCAAAGGCGAUUGUUCCAGUCUCUUCCAUCUUCACCGAUCCCAGCACCUCCUGCAACUAGUAGUAGUGGAGUGGGGAGCACAGGGCAUCACUAUGGUAAGAAGAAUAAAGCGACCCAGACUCUUCCAUUUGAAUCAAUCCUAGCAGCGUACACAUCCAGUAAAGUUGCAGUGGGGGGCAAUAGUCAGCGCCAGGGCAACCAUAGGGAAGAGAAGCAGGGGUUUCAGAAGUGCUGCACCUUUGGAGGUCAGGGUUCAGGCACCGGACAGUUCAAGGGGUCACUUGGGGUCGCAGUGUCAGAUGAAGGGGAGAUCUUUGUAGCAGACAAGGGGAACCAGAGAAUCCAAGUCUUCACCCUGCAGGGGACGUUUGUCCACCAGUUCCCGACAGUCGUUCCUGAUGAACGGGACAUGGAACCCAUGGAUGUAGCAAUGGACGGGAAUGGGAACCUGUGGGUGGUGGGAGAGACAGAGACUGGGCACUUUGCUGUGCAGUACAACAAACAGGGAAGGGCGCUGAGAAAGAUUGAGCUAGAGAAGUCAGACUGGAGAAGAGGAGUUGCUGUGGACACCAGAUGGAACCAUGUUCUCAUCACACACACUGCAGGCUUCAUCCUCCGACAUGGUGAAGUUCAAGUGUUCAGGUCUGAUGGGAAGCUUGUAAAAACCGUGGGACAGCGUCAGGGGAUGAAGCGCCUUCAGUACAUCACCGUGGACGGGGAGGGGAACAUUCUCGUGUCCGACUUUCACAACCACUGCAUCUACGUCUACAACAAGAACGGAAAGUUCCGCUUCAAGUUCAAGGGCGAGGGAAGCGGUAAACAGCUGUGGCAUCCCUGCGGCAUCUGUACCGACAGGGCGGGUAACAUCAUCGUGGCGGACAGCGGGAACAUGCGCGUGGAGAUGUUUGACAGGACAGGCAGAUUCCUCGAACACAUCGCGACCGACAUGGACAAGCCGAUGGCCGUUGCCAUGGCAACACAGGGACGGCUGGUCGUGACCGAUUGUCCUAUUCUGAAAAACCACACAGUCAAUGUUUUUCAGGACUAUUGAAUCUGAGCAAAGUCAUACUGAAUUGCAAGCUUUUUAUCAGCAUAUAGAUCUAUUCAGUAUCAAGUUACACAC